AUGUCUCAGGAACCGCUUUUGCCUCUUUAUAAUGAUUCUGGGAGUCCAGAUGAAUUGCGCCGGUGCGUGGUUGUACGGUUUUCCGAUGUUAGUAUAGGUGAUUUACAACUAGAUAUCACGAAUAUACCUUACGGCCAGAUUAACACUCAUUGGCUCAGGAGUCAAUGUCGAGAGCAUCGUGGUCAAUCCACUGAAGGUCGCAGACUUAAGUUUAUUCGCAGCGGAGCAAUGUUGAACUCGCAUUCAGACCUCUCCAACGAAUUGAACCGAUAUUUCAUACAACAAAGGCCACAAGCAGAUGGGAACAAGUUUUAUAUCCAUUGUAUUGUGAGCACAGAACGACUAAGUGCCGACCAACUGGCCAAUGAGGAUGCACUGGAUGAUACUUCUCCAUCGAGCGAAGGUACUACCACACAAGCUAUUGGAUUCGAUAGACUGCGAGCCGUUGGUUUCACAGACCAGGAGAUCGAUCUGCUGAGACAGCAGUUCCGUUCUGCCUAUGGUGAUUUAGAAGAAGAGAUGACACAAUCGCAUGAUCGAGAUAUACGACAAUUGGAAGAACAGUGGAUGGAGAGUGAUGUGAACCGUGAAGGGGGUACAAUUCAAGACACACAGUUCAACUCUGUUCCUAUCGCCAACUACAAACACAAUCGAGAUCUGCUCAUUGGUAUCUGCAUCGGGUUCUGCCUAGGUGUAUUCGGACUAUUACUCAUGCGCAUGAACGGGUUGUUCAACAAACGACAAAAGAUGUCUGUAUUUGCUGGAAUCAUUGUCAAUAUCAUGUUUAACCUUGUACGUGGCUUCUAA